GAUAACGCAUCACUUUCCUUUCCUUUCCUUUAUACGACUACAACUCUUUUCAAUUCCCCCAUUUAUCAUCCCUUCUUCUUCUUCUUCUUCCUUCUUCAGUUCUUCUUAUCUUUCAAUCACAGGAAUUAGGGUUUUGUCCAUCCCCUUUUUUAAAGGCAAUUUUCACAGCAGCACCCUGGCUUGUAUCUUUAGUAAAUUGUGUUCUGGAGGCUGCAAGAUGGGAUUGUGUGCUUCAAGAGAUGAUGAUGGUGAUGAUUCUUCUGCUCAUUAUAUAAUGGCUGAUGGAAAUGUGCACCUUAUCACAACAAUGGCAGCUUGGGAGGAGAAGUUGAUGCUUGCAAAUCAACAAGACAAGAUUAUCAUAGCAAAUUUCAGUGCAGCGUGGUGCGGACCCUGCAAGAUUAUUGCAUCAUAUUAUAGUGAAUUGUCUCGGAAAUAUACUUCCUUGAUGUUCCUCACCAUUGACGUUGAUGAACUCCCCGAUCUUAGCACCUCAUUUGAUAUCAAGGCAACUCCAAGUUUCUUCUUCCUCCAAAAUGGGCAGGAGAUUGACAAGCUUGUGGGGUCCAACAAGGUAGAGUUACUAAAGAAGAUAACUGCGGUUGUAGAUGCACAAGGCCGGCCAUUUUAAUGAAAGGGUAUCAUCACCUCCCUGUGGGCUGUGGUACAUGGUGUUUUUGGAUUUGUGAUCACUGAUCAGGGUGUAAUCGGCAAUCCACGUUUUACCCAAUCUCCUUUAUCUUGUCCUGUAAAGUUGUGAAAAGCAUUAGAUGAGUGUGUUAUUUGUUAAUAUUGUUAUACGUACGUGUAUCUGAAAGCAUUGCUUUGGCGGUACAGUGCUUGUCAAUUUUGUAAAUCCAAAAUUCGGAGGCAUUUCAUUUUAUGAAUGAUGAUCUUGUCAACUUAUUCUUGA